UACGAGCAGACUGAACUCACUCGACUUCGAUCAUUUUGAUGAGUUAUCUACCCGCUAAUUUACACUACAGCUUACAUGUGCACAGAAUGUUUUCCCUUACAAGAUUGCUGUCUGUAGGUAGAUCUAUCAACCAUUUUAGAAUGGCAAGUGCAGCUGCGACGGGUUCGAGACGUUUGGAAGGAAAAGUGGCAGUAGUAACGGCUUCUACAGAAGGUAUCGGCUAUGCCAUCGCUAAGAGACUAGGUGAAGAGGGUGCACACGUUGUGAUCAGCAGUCGUAAGCAAGCCCAUGUAGACCAUGCACUGAAGACCUUGAAGGAGGCCAACCUCAGCGUCAGUGGGCUUGUGUGCCACGUGGGCAAGCAAGCCGAUAGGGCGAAACUCAUAGAGACGGCUGUCAAAGAGAAUGGUGGAUUAGAUAUCUUGGUAUCUAAUGCUGCAGCAAAUCCUCACUUCGGUAAUAUAUUAGAUUGUGAUGAACAAGCCUGGGACAAGAUAUUUGAUAUCAACGUCAAGUCAACAUUCCUACUUGUAAAGGAAAGUGUGCCGCACAUGGUCUCAAGAGGAGGAGGAUCUAUUGUUGUUGUCUCAUCAAUAGCAGGAUAUAUGCCCUUUGAGUUAUUGGGACCAUACUCCGUCAGUAAGACCGCCCUCUUGGGUCUAACUAAGGCACUCACUCCACAGCUUUCAGAUAUGAACAUAAGAGUUAACUGCGUAGCGCCGGGUCUAGUCAAAACUAAAUUUAGCUCUGCCUUACUGUCAUCAGAGGAGAGUACCAAGCUGGCCUUGAGUGGUAUUCCUAUGAAACGAGCUGGAACUCCCGAUGAGAUUUCAGGAAUAGUCUCUUUCCUGGCCUCUGAUGAUGCUAGCUACAUCACUGGAGAAAACAUACUAGUGGCAGGAGGGGCUCCAUCAAGACUUUAAUCAUAUUGAUAUAACCUUAUCAUAUAUUGUAUAGCAUAUUGAGAGAGAUAGUUGUGACACGCGAUCAAAGGUCAAUUCAUAGAGCUCCAAAGUUCCCUUCACGUAAAAUCUCUAUGGGAGGGAAGUAUUUGGAUCUCCAUAAAUUGACCUUUGAUCGCUUAUGUGUGUGCGUGUGUCAUAACUAUCUCCCUCAACACACUAUGAUACAGUGGAACCAUGGUAUAACAGGAACCUUCAAAUUGCCAAUCAUGAAGAUUACCUAAAACAUAGAAUUUUGCCCCACAUAGUAUUUCAAAUCUGGAGCUCUUUUUCAAACACAUCCUUUAAUAGUGAGUACCCUAUUUUGUGAAUAAUUUUCAAAAACCUGUCACUUUUGAAAAAAAUUAAGGGCAGAGAUUAUAUCUAUAGAAUAGCCUGCGAUAGCUUUUUAGAUAAGAGACAACUCAUCCAUCACUACAGCACACAUUUAAUUUAAAGUGUUGCGUUAGGAACAUUGUAUACAAAAUGCACAAAUAUUAACAAUGGAGUGGUAGAUUGAGUUAUUGAAUAACUUUAAUUUUUCCAUGUACAAGCAGGGUAGACACUCAUCAUGUAACACCUUCGUAAUUAAUUUUAUUAACCCUAACAAUGUAAUAAUUGUUAUAUAUGUAUAAAGAUAUAAAGCAAGACCUCUUGUUAUUGUCAGUAGCCUACAUAAUAUUGUCUUACUAAUAACGUCUUACUAAUAACCGGAAGAAAAAAAACUAGUGGUUUAUCAAUUAUGGAUUCCACUUAAAGCAUGUAUAAUUCUUUCAAUGACCCUUUUUUGUUUAAUUAUCAGAGGGUGCUGACUCCCAAAAUAUCAAAUAGAGUCGACACUUGUCGGGUUCUCAAAAGACAAAACUUUAUAUUUUAUGAGAAAAUAUUUUAAGUUAGUAAGAAAAGACAAAAUUCUGUACUUUAUGAUAAAAAUAUAAGUGUUAGGACAAGGCUGGUAAUGACCUCAAACAGUCUGAACAUUGUAAUACAUGUAUUUUAGACAUACGUUUAUACUGUAAAAGUUCUUCCCAAUUAUGCACAUAUCUAUCCUAUGAACCAAGAGAAGCGACUCCCACCUGUGUUCUUGUACCCAAGUGUGAUUCACAGAAUUGUGAUGUACAGUGCCCGGGUACAAUAUGGCUUCGUGCAAAUGAAGGCAAACAUCUUGUAUACCAAAAUUGAUGCGAGAUAGCUGCUAAGCGAUACCAAAUGCUAAUCCAAGGAUAAGCUGAAUUAUAGCUGAAAUAAACUUUAUAGAUUUUGAAUUAUGUUAUCGUGCCUUGAUGCUAAAUAAAUGUAUAAAGUAUCGGUAGUUCUUGGAACUGAUAUUGUGAUUUUGUAUUAUUUUGUAAAUGAAUAUAUUGGCAAAGCCUUUUUUAGAAGGUAUGAAUAUGAUUAAACUUAUUGACCAUUAUUCAUUGUCGUUUUCGUUUUAUGAGUCAUGACUGACCCUUUGUGACCCUAUUGAUGAUGACGUUUCAACCACUUAUACAUGGUUCACUGCAUUUUACCAUAUUCAUAUCAAGGGCCAAUAUCUUUGCAUUACUUUUCCCCAAACUAUUUUUCUAAAAAAAAAAUCCUCUUGUGAAUGAACUAAAUGCAGUGGAGCCUUGUUAUAAUGAGGUCUUUAGCACCAUGGGAAUUGCCUUAUUAUAUCAGGAAUGUUGUUAUAUCAGGGAAAUAAAAACUAAAGAAUAUAAAGAGAUGGGAACAGCAAAAACACACUGUUAUAACAGAUACCUCAUUAUAUCAGAGGUCUUUAUAAUGAGGUUCCACUUUAUCUCUGGCACAUAGUGUUAGGCUUUCUUGCACUUGGUCUCUCUGACCAUUCAGGUAUUAAAUAGAUGUACCAAUACAAAUACUUUCAUCCUGUACAACUACCUCACAUUUAUGCUGCCUCAUUUCCAACUAUGAGAGGAAAAGUUGAUUAUGUUAGUUGUGUGAUUGUGUUUAAAUUUGUGAUUUAUUAUGAUAUAGAAAUAAAAACUGAACUUUGUUACAACAAAGAAUUCCUCA